AUGGAGCAAUACAACCACUCAAGCCUGGCUGAAUUUGUGCUCCUUGGCUUUCCCAAUGUGGGGCAUGUCAAAGGAUGGCUCUUUGUCCUGCUGCUGUUGGCAUAUUUGUUCACCAUUUGUGGCAACCUUCUCAUCUUCUUAGUAAUCCGACUGGAUGCCGCUCUGCACACACCCAUGUACCAGUUUGUCAGUGUUCUCUCCUUCUUGGAGCUGUGGUAUACAGCCACGACCAUCCCCAAGAUGCUAAUCAAUCUUCUCAGUGAGAAAAAGACCAUCUCUUUUGCUGGAUGCCUCCUUCAGACGUACUUCUUCCACUCUCUAGGGGCCUCUGAGUGCUAUCUACUGACAGCCAUGUCCUAUGAUAGAUACCUAGCCAUUUGUCGGCCCCUCCACUAUCCUGCAAUUAUGACCUCAACACUUUGUGCCAAGAUGGCUGCUGGUUGUUGGACUUGUGGCUUCCUAUGCCCCAUUUCAGAGGUCAUUCUGGUCUCUCAGCUCCCUUUCUGUGCCGACAAUGAAAUCCCACACAUUUUCUGCGACUUUCCACCUUUGCUGUCCCUGGCCUGCAAGGACACAUCCAUUAAUGUCCUGGUGGAUUUUUCCAUCAAUGCCUUCAUUAUCCUUGUCACCUUCCUCUUUAUUAUGGUUUCUUAUGGGAGAAUCAUUGAAGCUGUGCUGAAGAUAAAAACAGCAGCAGGAAGAAAAAAGGCCUUUUCCACAUGUGCCUCACAUCUCAUUGUGGUCCUCAUUUUCUUCGGAAGCAUCAUUUUCAUGUACGUGAGGCUAAAGAAGAGCUAUUCUUUAACCCUUGACCGGACACUUGCUGUUGUCUACUCCGUACUAACACCAUUGGCCAACCCAAUCAUCUAUAGUCUUCGUAACAAGGAGCUCAUUAAGGCAAUCAAGAGGACCGUCUUCCGCAAAGGGGGAAAAGCUAGUCCCACUCACCACUGA